AUGGGAUAUAAGCAACAAAUUGGCAUUGACUACAAUGAAGUUUUUGCUCCGAUUGAAAGACAUGAUACGAUUCGAAUGGUGUUAGCAUUGGCAGCACAAAGCAAUUGGAAAAUUCUUCAAAUUGAUGUGAAAUCAGCCUUUCUGCAUGGCAACUUGAAUGAAGAAGUUUACAUAGAUCAACCCCUUGGAUAUGUUCAACAUAGUAAUGCAAGAAAGGUAUAUUGCUUGAAGAAGGCUUUGUAUGGAUUGAAGCAAGCUCGUAGGGCUUGUUUGUAUGUAGAUGAUUUGAUUUACACAGGAAAUGACUCGAUUAUGUUUGAAGAAUUCAAGCAGUUCAUGAUGGCAGAGUUUGAAAUGACAGAUCUAGGGAUGAUGCAUUAUUUUCUCGGCAUUGAGGUAAUACAAUCAGUAGUGAGAAUUUUCAUCAAUCAGAAGAAAUAUGCACUGGAGAUCUUGGACAGGUUUCAAAUGGAGAAUUGCAACUCAGCCACAACUUCAAUUGAACCCAAUUUGAAGCUCACAAAGGACCAUGAAGGAAAGAAGGUCAACAAUACUCUCUAUAAGCAAAUGAUUGGAAGCUUGAUGUACUUAACAGCUACAAGGCCUGAUAUUAUGUAUGCUGUAAGUUUAAUUAGCAGGUUUAUGGAAUCUCCAACUAAGCUUCAUCUCCUUGUUGCCAAAAGAAUCUUACAUUACUUAAAAGGGACUCCUGGUCUUGGCAUACUUUAUCAAAAAAGAGAAAAACUAAACCUUGUUGGUUUUAGCGAUAGUGAUUAUGCAGGAGAUUUAAAUGAUAGAAAUAGUACUUCAGGGUAUGUUUUCAUGCUUGGUUUAGGAGCUAUCUCAUGGUCUUCCAAGAAACAACCAAUUAUCACAUUAUCUACCAUUGAAGCUGAACUUGUAGCAGCAACAUCAUGUGCAUGUCAAGCCAUUUGGUUGAGGAACAUUCUUGAGAAUUUGCAUUAUAAGCAAGAAGAAACAUCUAUCAUUCAUUGUGAUAUUUUAACCAGGCUAAGCUACUAUAAAAGUGAAGAUCAAGUGGUAGAUAUUUUAACCAAGCCUCUCAAAUUAGCAACAUUUGUGAAGCUUCGAAGCUUACUUAGGGUGGUUUCCUCUACUACUUUAAAGUAA